AUGUCUGGCGACAACGCCCAAACCGCUCCGCCUUCGAACGAGGGCGCGGCGCCUGCUGUCGAGAAGAAGGAAAACGCGAGCGCGACCAACCAGGCGGAGCCCACGGAGAAGUCUGCCGCGGAGCCCAAGGCUGCCGCUGACACGACCGCAGAAUCUGACAAGGCCGCUGAAGCUUCUGCUGAGAAACCUGCCGAGGAACAGGGCGACAGAAAGCCCGAUGCCGAGAUGACCGACGCCGUCGCGCCCUCUGAGACUGCAACCGAUGCCGCCGAGGGUGCUUCCCAAGAGAAGGUCGAGGAGGCUGAGGAUGCUGCCGGUGCCAGUGCCAGCAAGUCGAAGGCGAAGCGCAAGUCAAUUGGUGCCGGAGAAUCUAAGGGUAAAAAGCUUAACAAGAAGCAGUCAAAGCAGCGUGUCCUCCACCUAGACGCAAAGCCGGGUGAGCACUACUUCGUGAAGCUUAAGGGUCAUCCACAAUGGCCUGUUAUCAUCUGUGAUGAGGACAUGCUUCCUGCUUCUCUGCUCAAGACUCGCCCUGUGACUGCCAAACGUGCCGAUGGUAGCUAUCGCGAGGACUUCGCCGACGGCGGUAAGAAGGUCGCCGAUCGCACAUUCCCCGUCAUGUAUCUGGAGACCAACGAAUUCGGCUGGGUGCCCAACUCGGAGCUCAUUGACCUCGACCCGGCAACCGUCCUCCAGGACGUCAAGCUGGACAAGAUGAAAAAGUCGCUGCAGGCUGCCUACAAGCUGGCUGCCGAGAACCAUCCUCUAUCAUACUACAAGGAGCUCCUCCAGAGCUUUCAAGAGGAUCUCAUUCAACAAGAAAAGGCCAAGGCUGCUAAGGCUGCUGCCCCCAAGGGCAAGAAGGGCAAGGCAACAAGCGAAGAGGAUGAGGACACGUUGAACCGCACGGAGUCCGCGAAGAAGCCCAAGAUUAAGCUCACGACGAGCUCCACGCCCAAAGCCAAUGGUUCCACAGCGGCAUCUAAGUCCAGCGGUAAGGGCGCUGAGACCAAGAGCGCGAAGUCCAAGACCAAGAAGGGUAAGGAGGAGGAAAAGAAAGUUGAGAAGGAGCCUACGACUCCCAAGGAGCCAGAGCUUACUCCUGAAGAGAGACACCAAAAGAAGGAGAAAGAGGUUCUCUAUCUCCGUCACAGACUUCAGAAGGGUCUCCUCACCAGGGACCAGGCCCCUAAGCCUGAAGAGAUGAAGCUCAUGUCAGAUUACAUCACUAAGCUUGAGAGUUUUCCUGAUCUUGAGGUCAGCAUCAUUCGGGCUACCAAGAUCAACAAGGUACUCAAGGCCAUCCUCAAGCUCGAGAGCAUUCCGCGGGAGGAAGAGUUCAAGUUCAAGGCCCGGUCUCAAGUGCUGUUGGACAAGUGGAACAAGCUUCUGGCUGUCGACGGUACUCCCACCGCCGCUUCAGCUAGUGAGGUUAAUGGCGCUAAGUCAUCUGCUAAGGCCAAUGGGGUUAAGGAGAAGAGCGAAUCGGCCGAGCCAAAAGGCAAGGACGAAGAGUCAAACGAGGUGGUGGAGGAAUCCAAGAGCGAGACCAAGGUGUCUGCGAAGUCCGAGAGCGCUUCUGAAGCGAAGUCUACAAGUGAAGAGGCAAGAAUCCUCAGUUCCCCUCCCAAUUGA